GUCUAGUUGGGCGAAACAAGCUCAUCCGUUUACUUGCCAAUGCAAAAAGUUGAUGUGGGCUUUUCGAUUCAAACCCAAAAAGAGAGGUAAGCCCUGCUCUGCUCCAGGACACCGACUUAUAUAGGUGGCCCCGGUGAUUAUCGGCCAAGAACCGAUGAAGAUUGAAGAUUAAGUCAAUAUCGUACUAAAAAAUCACGUCAAUAGCUGAGCUGGUACGUCCAGGUAUAUCCUAUCGGGCCCAUCACUGGCACGCACUUUCAGCUGUUUUCAUCACCCAAACACGUCUCUCUGCUGCCGUGCGACGGCCUCAUACCCCAAUCCUCCGCAAAAUUUAUAGAAUUAAAAAUAAAUACUACUAAAGGACGCCUCUCCCGUCGGCCCUCACUCACAUUCUAAAAAAUAAAAUAAAAUUAAGGUUCCUUUGUUUAACAACAGAUUUUCAUGGACUCGUCUACGCCAGUUCCUUCUUUACACUUGGCCUUGGCGGCGUUAGUCGGGGCCUCAGUAAUGGCCAUAUCCGCUUUUUAUAUCCACAAACGCAGCGUUGACGACAUCAUCGAUCGACUUAUCGAGAUCCGCCGCCAAUACACGCCGCAGGGAAGGCGGCCUAGAAGUCGCGUCGUCUCGGAUGAAGAAGAAGAUGAUGAAGAACAGGUGGACUACGAACAAGAUAAUAGUGGACGAGGUGUAGAAGAAGUGGAUCAGUGUGAGAAAGGAGGCUGUCUCGAGCAUAAAACGAGCGUGUCUAAAUCAUUUGACGAGAUAAUGGAGGUGUUGAGGAGUUCUCGCAUUUCCUGUUCGAUGCCUAACGUGGCUUUGCGUAAUGAGUGGUUCGAGGAAGAUGCUAAGUUUGACCAGGCGGUGAGGGAAAGAGUUGAAACUUGCUCUGCUUCGUCGCUUGAGAAGCUUAACUUUAUUCCUUCGGGUCUUCCUCCUCUUCAGACUUCUCGGAGAGCAGAAAGUCAGACUUUCAGUCACUGCAGUUCCACUACGAGGUUGGCUAGCUAUGGUCGGCUAAUGACUCCAAGGUCCCCUGGUGGCAAUGCUUUUGAAAGUGCUGGGGAUUCUGAUGAGGAAGGGACAGAGCCUGCAGAUGGGGAUGAAAUUCUUUUUGGCGACGAGAAUAUUGAUAUUUCUGCUGAUUUGUUAAAUGAUGCUGCGACAAAAGUUCAAAAUUCAGUUGCUGUUCCGUUUAGAGGUGAUGGUGUGAACUGUGCUCAAGAUAAUACUUAUAAAGCUACUGAAAACAAAGCAGAAUCUUUUGUUGAUCUACAUGACAAGGGAAAAGUGGAUUCAGCUUCAGUGUGCAUAUUGGAGAAUGAACCUGUUUUUGCAAAGACUACUUUGCCUCUCAAAAGCUCAUUGCGUGACUCAAUAAAUGUUGAAGAGGAAGAAGUGAGGAAGAUGGUAAGGGAGUGUUUGGAAUUGCGAGGCAAUUAUGUAUACAGGGAGGAGAUUGCUCCAUGGUCAAAGGAACCUGUGACAGAACCCAGCGCCCCAAAGGCAACACGUGAUCCAUUUCAAUUUGAACCUGUUGAAAAAACAGCACAUCACUUUAGGAUGGAAGAUGGAGUUAUGCGUGUUUAUGCAAGUGAAAGUGACACUAUUGAGCUUUUUCCUGUUGCAAGUUCAACAACAUUUUUCACUGAUAUGCAUCAUCUCCUAAAAGUCAUGUCAAUUGGAAAUGUUCGUUCUGCUUGCCAUCUCCGACUAAGAUUUCUUGAAGAGAAAUUCCGCCUUUAUCUGUUAGUAAAUGCAGAUAGGGAGUUUUUGGCUCAGAAGAGUGCACCGCACCGGGAUUUCUACAAUAUCCGGAAGGUUGAUACACAUGUGCAUCAUUCUGCUUGCAUGAACCAGAAACAUCUGCUACGCUUCAUCAAAUCAAAACUACGAAAAGAACCUGAUGAGGUUGUUAUAUUUAGGGAUGGAAAGCAUAUGACAUUGAAAGAGGUUUUUGAGAGUUUGGACUUGACUGGAUAUGAUCUCAAUGUUGAUUUGUUGGAUGUCCAUGCUGAUAAGAGCACCUUUCAUCGAUUUGACAAAUUCAAUCUUAAAUAUAAUCCAUGUGGGCAAAGCAGACUUAGAGAGAUCUUCUUAAAGCAGGACAAUCUUAUCCAAGGACGUUUUUUGGCAGAAGUUACGAAGCAAGUUCUAUCAGACCUUGAAGCAAGCAAAUACCAGAUGGCAGAGUACAGGGUAUCCAUAUAUGGAAGGAAACAAAGUGAAUGGGACCAGCUGGCAAGUUGGUUUAUUAACAAUGAAAUUUAUAGUGAAAAUGCCAUUUGGUUAAUCCAGCUACCACGAUUGUAUAACGUGUACAAGCAAAUGGGAAUUGUAAAAUCCUUUCAGAAUAUUCUGGACAAUGUUUUCUUUCCACUAUUUGAAGUUACAGUUGAUCCAAACUCUCAUCCUCAACUACAUGUGUUCCUAAUGAUGGUUGUUGGUUUUGAUUUAGUUGAUGAUGAAAGUAAACCAGAGAGGCGUCCUACUAAGCACAUGCCAAAUCCAGCUGAAUGGACCAAUGAAUUUAAUCCUGCAUAUUCUUAUUAUGCUUAUUACUUCUAUGCAAACCUGUAUACGCUUAACAAGCUACGUGAGUCAAAAGGAUUGCCAACAAUAAAACUUCGACCUCAUUGUGGGGAGGCUGGUGAUAUUGACCAUUUAGCUGCUGCUUUCCUUCUGUGCAACAAUAUAUCUCAUGGGGUUAAUCUCCGGAAAUCCCCUGUUUUGCAGUACUUGUAUUACCUUGCUCAGAUUGGAUUGGCCAUGUCUCCUCUGAGCAAUAAUUCCCUUUUCCUAGACUAUCAUCGCAACCCAUUUCCUGCAUUCUUUCAGCGUGGGCUAAAUGUUUCACUUUCAUCUGAUGAUCCAUUGCAAAUUCAUUUGACAAAGGAACCUCUUGUCGAAGAGUACAGUGUUGCAGCUCAGGUUUGGAAGCUCAGUGCUUGUGACUUAUGUGAGAUUGCUAGAAAUUCUGUAUACCAGUCUGGAUUUUCACAUAUGGCAAAGUUGCAUUGGCUUGGUAACAAAUAUUUCCUAAGAGGGCCAGAAGGGAAUGACAUUCAGAAGACAAAUGUUCCAAAUAUGAGGAUUUCCUUUCGACAUGAGACAUGGAAGGAUGAGAUGCAGUAUGUUUACUCAGGAAGAGCAAGAAUACCAAAAGAUAUAGAUCCUGCUAUGUAAUUAAUCUCAUACAUACGUCAGCAGUGAAGCAAACUUCCAAAGCGUUGGGAUGAUGUCAAGAUUCCAAGACAAAUGAGUUCAUAACCACUCAUCACAUCAUUUGAAGCCAGAUAUGAUAAGAAUCCUUGAAGCUUUAUUGAGGUUCCAAAUUUUUGCUGAGCAGAACGGGCUUUUGGCUGUGUGUUAGGUAUUGAGAAAAUUGGUGUUGCUUACAAUUGCAAAGCCUUCCUGCUGACGAACUGGCGAUCAUAAUUUUUAUAAAUUAAGAUACUAGUGAAUUAAAAAGUUGUAUGACUCGCUGUUUUUGCUUGUAGGUAUCAAGUGAGAUGAUUCUUUGAGAUGGUUUUAUACAAACUGCGCCAAAAGUGAAUAAAGUCGCUGGCAUCAAUUGCAUGACCGAUCAAUCUUGUUUUAUUAAUUGUUUGUGUGGUUGUGCGUGUUUGC